UAGGUUAGGAGCUAUGACCAAAACAACACAUUACAUACUGUAUAAUUCCAUUUGUUUCAGCAUGUGGGACUUACUAUGACUUGUUCACUUUUCCUCUAGUGGGUUUCUCUCCCCACUUCCUAUUAUUUGCCUCCCACCGAUCACCUCCCAGACACAAGUGAAAUCAAACGAGCAACAUAAUGACAACAACUACAGUUUUAACUUUCUACAUCCUCUUCACUUCUCUGCUUGUCAACAACACUAUUGCACAUACUAACGACAGAGAAACACCAGAAUUGGUUGUUGGUAUCAAUAUAAGCUCUAGCAAAGGCACAAUCUUUGAAGGAUCAUCACUGCCUUUGCCUUCACAUCAAGAGUUGUUGACAUUCAUUGAUCAGAGGCUCGCAGUGAUCUACCCUAUCAUCCAAAAGUUCAAGUCCAUAAUCACAUCAGAUCCUCUUGGGAUUACUAGCUCCUGGGUUGGUUCUGAUAUAUGCAAUUACAAGGGCUUCUACUGUGAUUCUCCUCCAGACAACAAGUCGGCUUUAGCUGUUGCUUCGAUUGACUUCAAUGGGUUUCAACUUUCUGCACCGACUCUUGAUGGGUUUCUUGAUCAACUCCCUGAUAUUGCUCUGUUUCAUGCUAAUUCAAACAACUUUGGAGGCACCAUUUCACCAAGUAUUGCCAAGCUUCCCUAUCUAUACGAGCUUGACAUAAGCAACAACCAAUUCUCAGGUCCAUUUCCGGUGGCUGUUCUCGGCAUGGAUGGCCUGACGUUCUUGGACAUUCGGUUCAAUUUCUUCACAGGAGCAGUUCCAGCACAAAUCUUUACACAAAACCUUGAUGUUCUAUUCAUCAACAACAACAAUUUUAUGCAGAGGCUGCCAGACAUAAGUAGUACUCAUAUUCUGUAUCUCACUUUGGCCAACAACAAAUUCACCGGUCCGAUCCCGCGAAGCAUUUUCAAAGCCAUGUCUUCUUUAACUGAGGUUCUGUUAUUGAACAACCAAUUGACAGGUUGUUUACCUUAUGAGAUUGGACUGUUGGAAGAGGCUAUAGUGUUCGAUAUCGGUGACAAUCAAUUAACGGGGCGUCUACCGUUUUCUUUGGGAUGUUUGAGCAAAGUGGAGCAGCUGAAUUUUGCAGGAAACAAGUUGUUCGGUGCAAUACCAGAUGUUCUUUGUUUGCUGGAAAGUUUGGUCAAUGUAUCGUUGUCCAACAAUUAUUUCACACACGUUGGUCCAUUUUGUAGGAUUUUGAUAAGGAAAGGAGUGAUUGAUGUUAGGAACAAUUGCAUUCCUGGUCUUCCAUUCCAAAGGAAUGUUACUGAUUGUGCAAUUUUCUUCGCUCACCCAAGGUUCUGCCCUCGAAUGUGGUCUUACACUUGCAUUCCCUGUGAGAUUCCUGGAUUUAGUUCUUCUAAUUCCUAUGUUCCUCAAGUAGCUCCUUCACCUUGAAUGUAAUUUUCUCAUGUAAUCGUUUUGACAAAUCCAACGUAUAUCUUCAGUGAAUGAAUCAAUAAAAUGCGAAAUGAAACUAUUGCUCCUCCAA